CUGAGCCUGAACUGAACAUUCCACCACCUGGGUGGUGUCAGCUCCGAGGAGGUGCCGCUGCUCUGCUGUCCAGGCUGCAGGGGGGGAUCCCCACAUGCUCCCAAAAGGUGCCAAGAGCAGCCGUGAGGGACCCACUGUGGUGGAAGGGGCUGCUCGGGGCGGGGCCUCUGUGAGCGGAAUGGGGUGUGGGGGUGCUGCCCCAUGCCUGGUUCCACCCAGUUCUGGGCAUGGGCAUUUCCCUGGUGUGGUGGGUUUGACCCUGGCCGAAUGCCAGGUACCCACCAAAGCUGCACCAUCACUUCCCUCCACCGCUGGACAGGGCAGAGAAAAUGCAACAGAAGGUUCAUGAGUUAAGGGCAGGGAGAGGUCACUCAAGGGAAGGAACCACGGAGAAGAGGAACACCAACCUGCGCCCCAAAGAGGGGCACCAGCUGAGAGACAGGACAGGGGGCAGAGGCCGAAGGUGGGAUGGCGCCGGUCGUGCCAACACUGUGCCAAAGCAGCCGCCUCCAUUCCCGUCCUCCCGCCCGUGCCAGCGGCAGCCUCAGGACAGCCAGGGCCAGCCCCUCCGUGAGGACACGCUGUCCUCGCCCUCCAGCACGCUGAGCUCCAAGGGCUGUCCUGGCCGUCCCUCGCUCCCGGCCAGCAGCACCGCCGCCCGCAGCCAGCGCCGGCGGGUGAAGAGCUGCUGGGCCUGCAGUGGGGUGGCGAGGCCGGAGCCCCAGAAGCAGGACAAGGACCACGGAUGGUCGGAUGAGGCUCCCCUUGUGCCUCAGCGCUGCAAACACAUCAUCUCCCGUAUCCCUGUCCCAGCAGCAGCUGCUGGGAGGAGCCAGGCGAGCCCUGCCAAUCCCCCUCUCCCCUUUCACGCCUACAAGGGGAAAUCUUCCCCCGGCCCACGGCGAGAGGUCUCUCGCUGCGUCAAGCAGGAAACCCAGCCUAAGACCCCAGCACAACGGGCGGAUUCAGCUGUUCGUCAACACGCUAAGCAGGAAACCCACCUCGAGACCCCCCCAAAAGGGGUGGAUUCAGCUGUUCCUCAACACGCUGAGCAGGAGACACAGACAGAGGAGCAAACUUCAGCUGCUCCCCUCUUGGUUGACCAAGAGACACAGACUGAAACUGCAACACAAGAAGAGGAGAUUUCACCUGCUCCUCAACUCAUCGACCAGGAAACACAGAUCGAGUCCCCGGUCCCACGCAGCCCCUCAGCCCUGAGCUCAGCCCUCUCCACCACAGAGCUCUGCUCUGCUCCCCCGGCUGGUCGGCAGCGGCUCCCCGUGUUCCGGAGGGCGCUCGGGGCUCUGCGCGGGGCGUUGCGGUGCCCCUGCCUGGCGGGACAGCCCGAGCAGCGGCGCGGUGCCCGGCGGGACCCCGGGGACGGCUGCUGCUCCGAGCCGGUGCAGCAUCCCCGGGGCGGCACGGCGGGGACGGGGGCGGCACCUCGGGCGUUCCCCGCCGCUGAGGACACCGAGCCGCCACCGUACUCGUGGCCGUGGCUCAUCGAGACGAGUCUGUGACUGGCCACGGCGACUGUUAAUAAAAGGUUUCGCCUUUCCCAU